CGCGACUCGGAGGCAUUGAAGGUGGCUCUAGAGUGCUUGAAGGAAGCCGGCUCCGUCACGGCCUGGGGCAGCUACCCUAACGUCGCGAGACGAACGGCGAGUGUGCGUGAGCUGACGCAAGUGGGCAUCAAGAACGCUGAGAAGCUCGCCGUGCCGUCUGUCCGCAACGAUGCGCUCUUCCUCGCCACCGUGGUCGGCACCACUUCCAUUCUCGCCCUCGCCGGCAGCCAACUACCAGGGGACUGGGGUUUCUUUGUGCCGUAUCUGGUGGGCGGCCUCUCCAUUGUUGUUCUCGCUGUCGGCAGCGUUGCUCCAGGGCUUCUCCAGGGCGGAAUAGGAGCCAUGGCACCUGUAUUCUCAGACUACAAGGACCGAGUGCUCCGGCACGAAGCAGGCCACUUCCUCUUGGCGUAUCUCCUGGGCCUGCCACCUGUCGCGUACUCAUUGGACAUCGGCAAGGAGCACACGAAUCUGCUGGACGAUAAGCUGCAGAAGAAGAUCUACAGCGGCAAGCUGGAGGGUGAUGACGUGGACAGACUCGCGGUGGUGGCGAUGGCAGGCAUGGCAGCGGAGGGGCUACAAUAUGAGCAGGUGAUGGGGCAGACGGCAGACCUCAACUCACUGCAGCGCCUCAUCAACCGCAGCGGGCUGGGCGCCAUGACUCCUGAGAGACAGCAGAACCUCACUCGCUGGGCGGUGCUCUAUGCGGCUUCACUAAUCAAGAACAAUGCCAAGUCCUUUGAUGCACUCAUGGAAGCCAUGGCAAGAGAAGCCCCUGUAGAAGUGUGCAUAGCAGCAAUUGAGAAUGCUGCGGCCAAAUAA